CACUCCUCAUGCUGUCAUCCCCUGCCAUCUCCAGAACGAUUAUUAUACCAAACAUCAUACAAAAACCCUUCUAAAAGUUCAUAUCCCCCACUUCCCCAAAAAACAAAAAAAGCCUUCAAUAUUUUCAACCAUGCUUCCAGGUGAGCUCACUGGAAUCCACUAUCUAGCACAUGAAAACCAGAUUUCAAUUCCUGCCAACUUUGGCAUGAUUCAGAACAGCAUACCAAAUCUCCAUUUCAAUAGCUUCUUAACCAACUUACCGAAUACCCACGCCGGCGGUCCUCCGGUCACCGGACACGAAUUCGGUCGUACAAGUGCUAAUAAUACUCCACAAUCCUCUAGUCUCAGCAACAACUCAACCUCAGAUGAAGCAGAAGAACAGCAGCUGAGAAUCAUCGAUGAAAGGAGGCAGAGGAGGAUGAUAUCCAACAGAGAAUCGGCUCGAAGGUCGAGGAUGAGGAAACAGAAACACCUUGAUGAGCUUUGGUCUCAGGUGGUUAGGCUUCGGACAGAGAACCAUAGUCUCAUCGACAAGUUGAAUCAUGUAUCCGAGUGCCAUGACAAAGUUGUCCAAGAGAAUGCUCGGCUCAAAGAAGAAGCCUCUGAUCUUCGUCAAAUGCUCACUGACUUGCAAAUUGGUAGUCCUUAUACUACUACUCUCAGAGAUCUUGAAGAUCUCCCCUGCAACACAGCUCAUCUUAGAGCUGAAUCUUCAAACCAAUCCAUCACUAAUUCGGUAGAUUUGCUUCAUUGAGGAUUAGGGUGGUUCUUGUUCUUGUUCUUCAUCCAUAUUAGCUACUCUGUUUUUUUUUUUUUUUUUUUUUUUUUUUUCCUUCUUCUCUUUAUAUAUAUAUAUAUAUAUAUAAUGUUCUGGUUGUCAAAAAUCAUGCUUUUUUUGUGCCAUAUGAGAUUAUCAGAAAUGCGAUGAAUAAUUUCUUUU